AUGGCUGAACUGAAACCUUACAGAGGAGAUUACUAUCUCUGGCUUUACAUCCCUUCUACGCCUGCCGCAGCUUUGUUCACUGCUCUCUUCACCCUGGGAACGGCCUACAUCGCGUGGCGCAUGUUUAAGAGUCGCACUUGGUUCUGCACUGCGUUUGUUGUUGGUGGCCUUUUGGAAGUUGUUGGUUAUGCUGCGAGGGCUGUAGCCAAGAACAAGACCGAACAACUCAUGCCCUACGUCAUUCAAAGUACCUUCAUUCUCGUCGCCCCCGCCCUAUUUGCUGCCACCAUCUACAUGAUCUUGGGACGCCUCAUCCGAGCCCUCGACGCCACGGCCCUGUCCAUAGUCCCUGUGAGGUGGCUUACAAAGAUCUUUGUUUGCGGUGAUAUAGCCUCCUUUGUCGCUCAGGCCACCGGGGCCGGUGUCAUGGUGACGGCCGACUCGAUGAAAACGGGCGAGAAUAUCAUCUUGGGCGGCUUGUUUAUUCAGAUCGUCAUUUUCGGCCUCUUUGCUGUCACAGCAGCCAUCUUUCAUGUUCGGGCCCUACGAUGCCGUCCCCGUACUUGCAUUGAGUGGGAAAAGACCAUGACCAUGCUCUAUGUCGUCAGUGCUUUGAUCAUGGUGCGAUCAAUCUUUCGCGUUAUCGAGUAUAUCAUGGGCCAUGACGGAUACCCGCUUAGGAACGAGUGGACUCUCUACGUCUUUGACGCUCUGUUGAUGUUUGGCGUCGUUUGCAUGUUGGCAUGGAGAUAUCCUUGUGACCUGCGUCCUCAAAAGAGUCGAGAUCUGGACGUUACCCUCGAGUCGGCAAGUAGAGAACACACAGGAAUCUUUGCCAGGGCCUGGCGGUGCCUGCCGUUUCAACUGCUCAGGGGCUAG